UGAAAUACUAGUAUGUCAAAAGAAAUCGAUUUAUCCUUUUAACCAAUCAAUCGAGAAGAAAGGUAGGGUUCGUUAUCAGCGAUGAGUCCAGCAGCGAUUGCGAGUACCGGGGAUUUCAGUUGGGAGGAAGAUUUGUCAGAGGAUCUUCGACUGUUUGAUGAAGAGUGGGAAAAGAGCGGGGGUUUCGAUAUCGACUUCUCGAAACUCCGACACAAAUUCGAAACCGGAGCUGUGGAUCUCGACGACGACGACCUGGUUCUUGAUCCUGAUGAUACCAACGUAGGUCUGCUCAACAGGUUGUCUAACUUGGCUAUCUCCUACUACAAUGACAAAACGGAUACAAGGCUGGAGUUAGUCAAGGUGUUGAAAGCAAAUUAUCACCCAUCUGCUGGAGUCACAUACUACAUCACAUUCGAAGCCAGUGAUUGUAAUCAGAAGACUAAACAAUAUCAGGCAGUUGUUCGCUACUUGCCUAGAGAUACUGAAGUUAUCUCUUGCUGCCCUAAACCUUCUUGAAUUUCAGACAAUGGUAUUAUUAUUAAGCCUUGAUUUAUUCUCUCUUGCAAUAUUUUAACUUAUAAUUUUAGCAAAAAAAUAAAAUAAAAUUUGAACUUAUAAGUUCAGCUA